UGCUUCCCUUUGACGCGCAGGACCCUGAAACUGUGCUGGAGUUGGGAAGCCAAAUCUUUGACGGUGUGGCCAGUCUUAUCUAUGACUGCCUAGACGUCAGAAGGCAGUAUCAGCAAUACCGGAACAAUGUUAAAUUCAUCAGUGUGCCUGCUGUUGUGAAGCACUCAGAGCCUGUGGAGGUUGUGUCAGCAGCUCCAACCCCACUCUCCAAGAAGAAGUCAGGUCAGGAGGAAGCCCCAGGAGACCAAGAUGUGGACAUGUGUUACUAUAACAACCUGCUGGACCUGGUUGCUCCUGAGGCCUGCUCUGUGCCUUUGAUCCUGCACUGUAUGUUGGAACAGGUGGUGAUUUCUGCAGAGCAGUCCUUGUCUGCCCACUCCCAUGUGGCUGAGGACUCCAAACCUCUCAGCAGCCCCUGGUUAGACCACCAGCUGGUCAGCUAUAUGCUCCAAAACUUCUUGCCACUAGUACAAAAAGAAGAGGAGAGACUCUAUGUAUUAAACAACCUCCUAAACACAGUACAGAAUGAAGAGGAUAAGAAGAGGCUAGUGGCGAAAUUUGGAGCAAGGGAAACUGACAGGAAGACUGAGCAACCUCUGGUUAUCAGACACCAUGAUGAGCGGGCCCAGCGCUUGAGAGACAUCAGUGUGGUUCAGGAUUUCGAUCCGACAGAGGUGGAGUUGUCCAUGAUGAGACUGUCUCCGGUGUGGGAGAUGAUCGAGUCAGUCACUCAGCAGAAAAACAGAAAAUCUUGUUGGAUGUCCAUCAAACAGCAGCUACAGCACUACUGCACAGAUGAUGAUGUGUCAUGGCCUGAGGUGGAGCGUUUUUUUCAUCAGAGCGUCUUGGAGGCUAUGCCGCUGUCCGGGGUGGAUCAGCAGGGUGUGUUACGUGGAAUAGCAGACCCAGCACAGCAGCAGACAUCAAUAGUAAUCCCCUGGGAUGACCCGUUAUCCUUUGCUAAACAGCAGCUUUAUAACAUGAGGAACAAAGAUCCAACAUUUCUUACUGACAAGCCUUCUAACAGAGAGGAGCAGAGUGGUAGAGUGUGUAGCCACCUGGACUUAUCUGACAUACAGAGCUGUAGGUUGAGAUCUCUGUUUCACUGGCGCUAUGCUGAGCACCACAAUGCCACCGUCCUGCCUCAGUUGCUCCAGUUAGCAUCAGAGGAAUACUGCUGCUUGGACACCUUCAGAGGAAGCCAUAACAACAUCCUAUACGUUUUUUGCCACAAUCCCAUGAGUCCUCAACGCCAGUCCAGGGAGUUCUGGCAUGUGGCUCUUCACACCGAUGUCAAGUUCAGGAGUUACUUUGAGCAUGUGGCAGAUACUGUUUCACAGUGGACGAGACAGGAGGAAUCGAAGAGAGACACAACGCAAGACGGAAACGACACUCCAAAAUCUGAUUCUCCAAAAGAUGACAAUACUGUUUGUUCUUCCAAGGAGGAUGAGAGAAUGGAAGUCUUCGUCAGAAAAGGCUCCCUUAAAGCCUGGAAGUUGGAGCAGGAGCGUCAGAAGGAAGAGGCGAUACCCAAAAAGUCAAAGAAAGAGGAUUUGCCGAAAGAUAAGCAGCAGAAAAAGGAGGAUAAGUCAACCGACAACAAGAAAAAGAAAACGUCAUCUGAUGACAAGAAGAGCAGGCCAGGGACGGAAGGCAGCUCAGCCAACCCUCCCACAGAGUCAGCUAUCACAACAGCGCCCCCUGUGGAUGAAGUUGUAGAAGUACAGCAUGCAGAGGAACCUUUCAGUGGUUUCACUGGCUACAUCAUGGAUGGAAAAUUGAUCCAUGUGUCAGGUUGUCUCCAGUACCUUUUCCCCUCCGAUGGAGGACGUGUCACUGUGGAGACAGUCAGCUUUGUUCAAGGUUCCAGCCAAAUGAAAGUCGUUGUGAAGAAGGAUGGACAUCAUUUCUACACACACAUCAACCAAUUUGUUGUUGAUCCUGCAAAAUGUCCCCCUCAUAACCAAGACAAUAAAAACAUUGAACCGGAAAAGGACUGUAGAGGGGCAGAACCUGCGGAGAUAAAAACAGUGAAGCAGGGCUCCUUCUCAGCUGUGCUUGACAAUAGAAUUCGUCUUUCAUACAGUUUCUACGGUCCCACGGGAGAGCGCACAGUAAUUUCCCAGGAAACCAAAGGCAAAGUACCAGAGACUUCUAUCGCAGACCCCAUUCCUCUAUCUGCCUCCAUCCACUGCUCCAAGGAAAAAGAUGCAGCGUCAGUUCCCUCAAAGACACAAACCACAUCCAGCAGACCUCCAGAGUCCCAGGGUUGUGAAGGUCAACCUGCAGAGCAAUCAAAUUUGUUCAGCGGUCUCAGCCUCUCUAUUCCUAAUGGCCUCAUGCUGCAAUAUCUGCGAGAAGAUACACAAGAAGGAGGUAUUAUGGUGAGACAAAGCUUUCCUCUACAUGGCAAAGGAAAGGCAAGACAUCUUCAGGAUACAUCCCUCUCCAAAGAAUUGUCCCGUAUUAUCACCAGCCAGGGAGCUGUGAUCCGUUACAUGAGAGAUGGAUCCACAGAGGUGCUGUUUGCUGAUGGCUCAGUCAGUUUCAGUCAGGAUUCUGGUCCAGUGUGGGUCCCUGACUCUGAGGUUCAGGAGCAAAACUCUGAUCAGGAAUCUGAGGACAGCAAGAAAGAACAGGGCUCAAAGGAGGGGACUAAGGAUCACAGAGGGUGUUGGUUAACUACAACUCCAUGUGGAGAUCGCAUCUGUACUGUUGGGACCACACACAAAAACAUGCCAACCACGUCCCUUCUCACUUACAAGGCUACUGACCCCAUCACCCAUCAGGUGAUGCUGAACCGCGAGGAUCUGGUGGUUUCUGUCCAGAACCCAGAUGGGUCUGUAGUUGUAGAGCAUGCAGAUGGAACCAGGAUUACCAGCCUCUUGCAAGAAAGGCCAAUGAAUGCUAAUCCACACUGUUUGCUGCGCACUGGUGACCAGCAGGCUCACAGACAGCAGCCAGGGAGUGUAACCCUUAAAUCAGCCUCUCAAAGUGCAAGCGACUGCACUGAGUGUGUGGAAAGCAUUGCUGGGGACAUGGAUGUCAAGGACACUUGUCUCAAUGGAGACAUCAGCAGGAAGAGUGCAGGGAAUGCAUGUGACCGGGAGGGAGCUGUUCAUGUGUGCACAAAUCUGAAUCAGUGUGGAUGUAUGUGUGAUGAAAAAGAAAGUACUGAAAGUAGUGUGCAUAUGAAUAGUGAACAUGGUGUGUUUGCCAAAGAGACUGCGACUCAGAAUGUUGAGACUAAAGGGUGUGGGAAGGAUGAAUCAAGGAUGUCUGCUAAAGAGCGGAUGGUGUUGAUAGAGAAGGAGGGCUGCGCCACAGUAGUGAUGUAUCCAGAGCGUCAAACGGCUCAUAUCUUUUUAGCCGAUGGAACGGUCGUCACUGGGAACAAUCAAAGAGAAUACGAGGUGUUCCCAUCCAGUGUAGGAGUCCUGUCCAUCAGAAGCGAUGGAACAUGCGUGUACUCCUCAGACCCACUCGUAACUCCAAGUCCAAAGGGGUCUACUCCCACUGAACAGACAGGAAUUUACACUAUGAGUCAUACGGGCAAAGUGGCCUGUGAAAUUACAGACCCUGAUAGGAACCAUUUCCAGGUUAUGGAGGAUGGGCAGAUAUCUGUGCUAAACUUGAGACCUGCUACUAGCACGCUUAAACAAACGGAGGAAGAGCUAGAAAAGGAAGAGGACAGUGAAACGGAUGGGCCUCGUGAAAAACCCAGAGAGCAGUGUCCCAGGUUGUUUCUGGUGCAUGAGGAUGGCUCAGGCACUGAACUGCUGAGCUCUCAAACUGUAAAGGAGCUGCUCUGCCAGGCGUACUUGGACCCUACCAUAGCACUGUUGAAGGAACAAUUGGCAAACACACAAGAUGAGUUUGGCAUCACUAUCCUAAAGCCCAGCCACCAGAGUGUGUGGUCUCAGUGGUUGCUUAACAAACAGAACCCUGAAAUUACCCCUCCCAACCUCAGAAACCGCAGCUGGCAUGACUUCCCCGCAGUAGAAAAGAAGAGUCCAGGUCCUCCAUUUGGUACUGACGUAGUGUAUAAUUUGGGUCUGAGAAUGAGGCCUGCAGGUUCUGCAGUACGUCAUCGGCCUGUCAGGAGCUGCCCUAAGGUCCUGGAGCUGAGAGAACUAUACCAGCACCGACCAUUCACCACACCACUCAAAAAUACUGUAGACUCACGAUUAAAGGAAUACAUCGAGAGUUUGAUGGAAAGAGAGCAACGGUCAGAAAAGAUGAAAGUUAAAGACCCUCGCUCUGAGGAGGAGACUGCCCAUGCCAGUGAUCUCAUCAAUCUGAUUUUGUCUUUUCCAGAGGAAGAUGAUGCCAGUCACACCAUUGAUAGGAGGAUUUCAGAGGACGUAGCCAGUCUGUACAGCCAAGGAAUCUGUAGCCCAGCUGAACAGUCAGAUGUUUCUCAAGACUUUGCCACGGCACAAAGUGACAGCUUGGAGAAAUUAAACCGUUGUACCAAAGACAAGGAUACAACAUGGACUGAAAAACUUACACAGUACAGGCAGGAGAUGCGUGAAGAGAAGAUCUACAGAGAGGCUAUGAGGAAGAGGAGCGUUGUUCCCUUUUUCCACCCAGAAAAUAUUCCCCUGUACGAGAGUCUGCUACAGCAACAAAUACCUGACAUGAGGAGUUUGUCAAUGGCUCUCCCACCAUUUCCCAAGUCGGACAGUACUGAGGGCUUCCUGAAAGAUGCGCCACAGGAGGACACUCCAAGGCCUUUAAACCCAACACCGUCUCAGUCUGCAAGUCAUUCAGCAAGAAGCAGCAGGGUGCUAGAAAAGAGACCCACCAACCCCACACCUCAGUCUGCUGGUGAAAGCAGUUGGAGGGAUUCUUCUAGGAAAUGCAAGUCACCACAGUUAGAUGUGAGUGGAAAGCCCAGACAGACUACAGUCGCACUACCAUCCUCUGUCCUCGGCUCUAAAUCCUGCAGUGCACCGCUCCUGCAGGCGGAGGAGCAAGUGAGGAGGAAGUGUCAAACAGGUGCCAUUGUGAAGGGCUUCCAGCUCAUCCCAUCGAGCGUAGACUUUGGCACGCUGAAGGAGGGCACCUCCUCCACCAUUACUGUUGUGAUGAAGAAUGUUGGUUUUGACAUAUGCAGGUUCCAUGUGAAACAGCCUCCUCCUGCUACAGGCCUCCGGGUCAUCUACAGCCCUGGCCCUGUGGCCGCAGGUCUGCAGGUCGAACUGCAGGUUCAGCUGUUUGCAAUGUGUGCUGUCCAAGCAGGGGAAGUAGAGCCAAAGAAGUUAAUCUCCCAGGAAAUUAUCAUUCCUACUGAGAAAGACAUCCUCUGUCUGCCAGUCACUGCUACUAUCCUUCCUGAGGGAUUAUAUGAAAUUUGGCUAAAGGACCACAGCAGGGUCCAUAAAAAGAACAUCUCCAAGGUCUUCCAGGCUUCCAGCUGGGCAGGGAAGCGUCCUGAUCAGUCCCACAGUAAACGCAGGACAUAUUAAGGACUCCAGCUUCUCUCAGUCAGAUUUCACACCUUUUAAGCCUUCAUCACAUUAUAACCAUCUCACGUUUGAUUAUUUCUGAUAAAUUGUGAUGUUUGAUGUGAAAUAAAAAUAUUAA